UCCGCGAGUGCCUGCCGCUCUAGCGGCCACUCUCUCCUGCUGCCUAGGCAUGAGCCGCGAACGAACCUAUCGCCUAUACCUUUGCUUUUUACGUCGGGCUUGCGCGCCUUUGCCUUUUUGUCGCCCUUCUUGACCCUCCUCUCUCUCUGUUCGUUCCCAGACGCUGCAGCGGCGGCGCCGACCGGGACCGCGACAAACAACAACCACCACCACCACCAGGCCGCGCUAUUUGAGUGGAGAGCAGCGGGGCGUGGCGCGGCGCGGCGGGGCAGGCGGGGCCAUGCCCUGAUCGGGCCAUGACUGCCGAGUUGCCCGUGUGGGUGUUUGGCCGGUGCCGUUGGGUGAGCGGGGUGUGCCGGCGCACAACAUGCCAGGAUGUGCUGGAGGCGGUGCUGACCGCCCCCACCCCCGCCCCCGCGGACCAGGACCCCGCGCCGGGGGCGGGGCCGGCGGGGCCAGGGGGUCACUUCGACCCGGCAGCCUAUGUCAUCGUGGAGCGAUGGAAGGGCGUGGAGCGCAGGCUAGACGGCCGCGUGCGCAUCCUCAAGGUGUGGUCCGCAUGGGGCGAGGCGCAGAGCGAGGUGCAGUUGCAGGUGCGCCGGGUGUCGGAGAAGGGCGCAGGCCGCCACGGCUCCUCGGCGAGCUCCAGGAGGCACCGCAAGCGCUCGGGCACCAAGGGGCGGCCCGGCCAGCGGCCCAGCCCCACCGUCAAGCAGCAUGACCAGGAGGAGGUGCACCGGCUCAUGAGGCUCAUCCUCGCGCAGGGCGAGACCAUCGCCGGCCAGCUCAGACGGCUACGCGAACGCGAAGCGCAGAUCGAGCGGCUGGAGACCGAGGCGCACCGUGAGAGGGUGGCGCAGCACGGCAAGGACUACGUGCUGGCCGCGUACCUCCGGGACACCGAGGACGGCGAUGAGCUCGCCAAGCACGCCCAGGACACGCCCAGGACGAGCAGGCACCAACCCGGCAGGCCGGCGGGAGCCCUUCGACCGAGGCAACUGGUGGCGGAGGACGAUUUGGAGCACUUCGCCGACGAGUCGGACGCGGAGCAGGAGGGCGCCGCGGCCAUGGCGGCGGAGAGCGCGGGCGCCCUACCCCGCGAACCUCCGGAGACGCCCCUCCGCUCCCCGGAGCAGCCGCCCGAGGCCGCCGUCGACGAGGAGGACCUGCGCGCGCAGAUCGCGCUGUGGGAGAAGGUGGUGAAGGUGAACAAGCGCCUGGAGCAGCAGGAGGAGCGGCUGGUGCGCCUCUACGUGGGGUUCCGGCGGAGCGCCCCGGACGGGCUGGCCGUAGACGACCGCGACCAGGUGCGGACUUCCCUCGCGCGGCUGCAGCAGGACAUCGAGGACGGGCGUAGAAGUUUACAGUCCAACGCCGACUUGCUCACGGAAACAGAAGCCCUCCUGGACGCCAAACGGCGACUCCUUCGCCGACUACUGGCCGAGAUGGAGGCGGCGGAGCUGGACACGGCGCGCUUGAUGGCGGUCAGGGAUGCGGCGCGGGACGCCACCUUGGCGGACACGGCGCCUGCCCUCGUAGCCACCCCCAUCCCCGUACCGUGCAGCAGCCAGCUGAGCCAGCUGCCGCUCACACAGUCCCAGCCAAUCAAGGGCCACGAUAACGACUCCAACUCUGACACGGGGCUGAGCUCGUUGCACUCCAGCAGCGAGGAGGGGGUCUACAUCCUCGACACCCUUGUCUGAAGUCAUCGCCCUGGUCGUCACACCACACCGUUACCAUUAAUAAAUGUAGAUCUACCUGGGGCAUGAAGGCAGAGGGCCAGAGGGGUGGUCCUUGUUAUUUUAAUUCUUCCCUGUCAAAUGAAGAGUGAGACUGCCUCACUCCGGUGGCAUUUUUCCUUGCAAUCCUAUUGCUUGACUAUGUUGCUGUGAUAGUGAUAUGUGAUGUAGACUCACUCUUCAUUGAACAAGUGUAACUGACAGCACUGCCUAUUUAUUUAUUUAAAUAUUUAAACCUAUUUUACCAAGAACUGGGUAACAUGGUUACUCUGGUUUUGCUCUGAAGUACAAUAGUAAUAAGAUGUGCUGGUCACCUCUAUGUGUGUUCAGCUCACAAAUAUAUAAAUUUAGUUGAGUUGCACAGAAAAUGUGCAAAUAUGUCUUAACAUAAUGUCAAAUUUACAGUGACAUUCACUGAAAAUGAUUACCAGUCAUACUAAAAAUGGUCACCGUGGCAAGAAUUUUAUUACAGUAGUAAGUAAAGUUGAAAUAUGCAUGUGGUGACAAAUGUUUAUUCCAAAGAUGCCACAUUUGGCAAAUGAGAUGCAACUUUAAGAUACUAAAUUAGAUGUAACACUCAAGUCUCAAAGAAUGACAGUGACUUAAUCAAGGUAAACUCUGCUGUUCUUGUUCUGAUUUCUGGUAUUGAAGAAAGUAUUCCUAAACUUCACAUGUUACACCAUGGGCUCUUGAAAAAGAACUCAGACUAGAUCAAAUUAAUUCUUGGAAUUGGAAAUCUAGAAUCAGAAAACUAUCUCCCUGCACCUUGGCAAUACUUAUGCAACAAGCUUUUAAUAUACAGAGUUCUGUUUGCACUCAGUUAAUUAAUGCAAUGCAUUUGGACUUUCAAGAACAAAAUCAAAUAACUAAAAUUUGACAAGUACUACCUAUUUUGUAUUUAUGUAAAUAGUAGAUAUAAGAGAAAUGAUUUCAGCCAAGGACUUCUUGGAAGUUAAUGGUGCCUAGUCAAACAGAUGUUUUGUACAAAUGAUAUGAAAAUAAAACAAUUACCAAGUUUGGACAAUCAGCUCA